AAUUAUAACGUUGGUGUUUAUAUUACUAUGUUACUUUCUUAAACAUUUUCUUGAGUGAUUGAGCCGAUAUAUAUUUUAUAUCGUAGCUAGCACACAUGAGUUUUAAAAAUCAUGCGUAGCACGGCGAUUCUACCAAAUGCACACUUCCGGAAUCACGGUUCUUUUCCGCAGCGAAGAGUUUAUCUGGCUAGUUAGCACUUUAGCAUGCUAAGCCAGCAGUUUCCUCCUCCAUCAGCGCACUCUUGAGUCUGUCUGCCCGCAGACAGAAUAACCGUUUAGUAGCGCACUCGUAGAAAGACGUAAACGUGCAGACGGCUGAUUAAAACAUAAUGUAAAGCGAGGUUAAAUGUAUAUCUUGAAGAAUUUAAUUAGCAUAGCUCAACCACUUGCAGGCAUCUGACGUUUAGCCUGUUAGCGUUAGCCGCUGGUUUCAGCCUGCAGGUUUAACCAAACUGCAUUUUUCUUUUAUAUAGUCAUAAUAACAGCAUUUCUUCCCUCCAACUACGAAUUAUGUUGUAAAUACACAAGGUUUGAUUAUCAGCCGUUGUGUCCUGGUUUUUAACUUAUGAAAGCAAGUUCAUUAUGUGGUAAAGUUGGAAAACCGUUAAAUGUGAUCCCAGAAAUAUCACUGUUGUGUACUUUCUUUGGACUUACCAUAAUUGUGAUCCCGUCCAAAUAAAUGUGGAUAAACGGUUAACUUUGUUAGCUUUGACAGCCAAUUAGGAAGCACCAUAACAUCAGUUGUUUAUUUGGGUCGGGAUCUGAGAUUGUAGUACAUGCGGGGUCAAUGGGGUCAGUGCUGGGUGUUUACCAUAAAUGUAUGUAUACUAGAGCAGCGACUCUCAGUCCUGGUUUUGAAGAAGCCCAGCACUUCAGGACCAGGAUUGAGAACAUCUUAUGGUGUGCUAUUAGUGGACUGAGUUUUAAACCCUGUCCCGCUGAAUCGCUCCUUUCCAGGGUUUAGAUUAUCACAGAUCAAAAGGACAGUAUGGCCACCACUGUCGCAGUCAGCCCCAGUGAAUAUCUUCAGCCCUCCACCACCACUUCUCAAGAUUCACAGCCCUCCCCGCUGGCACUUUUGGCGGCUACCUGCAGUAAGAUCGGGCCUCCAGCUGCCCAGGCCCCAGUCAGCACGCCACCGUCUCAGCCAACCACACGCCGUCUACACCCCAUCAAGCCCGCCCCUAUCGCCCCGGCUCCACCCAAAAACCUUGGGUUCCUCUCAGCGAAAGGAAAUGUUAUCCAGCUGCCCGCCGGACUUGGUUCGUCAGGGGCCAGCCCUAUUGUCUUCACUAUCCAGAGCCCUUCACGUCCAGCAGGCACAUCUACUGCCAACAUCCAGUACCAAGUGAUUCCUCAGUUCCAGGGUUCUCAAACCAUUCAAAUGAUGCCUCAGGGAGGACAGAUCCAAAUCAUCCCCGGAACCAACCAGGCCAUUAUCACCUCACCUGUCACAGUUCAGGCCGCCACACCAGCCCCGCCACCUCUGGCCCCGGCACCGGCCCCCCAGCAGAAGACGGUGCCGAUCAAGCCAUCCCAAAAGAGGCGGCAGAAUAACGCCAGUGUAAAUGCUAACGUUGUACGGCUCCCUGGUGGACUCACGCUCCCACUCAAUGUUACUUCGAGUGAGUUGGGAGGAGCGCAGGUUGUGACAGAGACUGCUGCUGCCCCAGUGAAGGGCAAGAGGGGGAGGAAGAGACAGGUGGCUAUUGCCCCGCCCACCCCGACCCCUCAACCGGCCUCACCGCCACCUGUAGCUGAACAGGUUGAAGCCUUGCUAAUAGAGACCACAGCCGACAACAUUAUUCAGGCAGGAAAUAAUCUCCUGAUCGUGCAGAGUCCAGGGGGGAGUCAGCCUGCAGUGGUGCAGCAGGUGCAGUUGGUUCAGCAGAAAUCGGAUCAGCAGGUCGUUCAGAUCCCCCCACAGGCUCUAAAAGUGGUACAGGCUGCCUCUGCCACACUUCCCCCUGUACCACAGAGACAAACAGUCACGCCCAGUGUGCAGGUGUCCCCCCCAGAACCCACACAGGUGCUGAUUAAAACAGCCUCAGGUGAAUGGCAGGCUGUACAGCUACAGGAGACAACUGUUACCACGCCAACAACACCCACCAGCACCCCCACACCUGCGGUGGUCACUAAAAAGGCUCAAACAGGGACACGGAAAGAAAGGACUCUCCCUAAGAUUGCCCCGGCUGGAGGGGGUCUGAUAACACUGAACGCAGCCCAGCUAGCUUCUGCUGCUCAGGCAGUUCAGACCAUCAAUAUUAAUGGUGUCCAGGUGCAGGGUGUUCCUGUAACAAUCACCAACGCUGGGGGCCAGCAGCAUCUCACAGUGCAGACGGUUCCAGGUGCAGGUCUGCAGCUGGGCGGUGUACAGACACAGACGCAGACCAUGCAGGUGGAACAGACACAGACACUCGCACUGGAACUGCAGAGUCAGCCAGGAGAGAAGAAACGGCGCAUGGCCUGCACCUGUCCGAACUGCAAAGAUGCAGAAAAGAGGCCAGGAGAGGUGGGGAAAAGAAAACACAUCUGCCACAUAGCAGGCUGUGAAAAGACCUUUCGAAAGACUUCCCUGCUGCGGGCACAUGUCCGACUGCACACGGGAGAGAGACCCUUUGUGUGCAGCUGGGUCUUCUGCGGAAAACGAUUCACACGCAGUGACGAGCUGCAACGACACGCCAGGACACACACAGGAGACAAACGUUUUGAGUGCAAUAAGUGUCAGAAACGUUUCAUGCGGAGUGACCACCUCACGAAGCAUUACAAAACGCACAUCAACACAAAGAGCCUGUGAACAUAGUCUUUCACAGGGUUUCAAGAACUUUGGGGGAGGGACAAGAAAGAAAAAUGUUGUUCCCGGGGCUUGAAGGAUGGGAGGAAACAGAGAUCAACCCGCCUUCACAUGUACGACAAGGCCCUGGAGAGUCACCUGUUUCUAACAGCCGUUUCAGGGUAAACUACACUCCUGCUGUCCACUUUUCUUACUCGCCCUCAUCCACAGAGGAAGGCUGGCCGUAAAGUGUGACCCUCAACUUGGAUACAUGGAUGCCAGUUGCGUGUUGACUGAUUCCUCUGUUAUACGGAGCGGAAAAGACGUCUGUCUCGGCACCAACAGACACUCCAGUCAAAAAAGGAAGAGAAAAGAAGUUACUUCCCCCCCCUCAUUUACAAUAUUUGACAUGUAUAUUUUUGGUUGUUUUAGCUAAACCAAGCCCCUCACAUGAAGUGUAGCAGCUAAUGGACAGUGUUUCCUGGCUUUUAUUGUGUAAAUGUUUGUUUUCAUACAUACAAACAUACAUUUGUACAUACUAUGGCAAAUUUGAAUACAGAAGCAACGCUUUGGACAAACUCUUUGACCCAGUUAAAUUAUAUUCAAUUGUUAAAUGAUUUUUUUUUUUUUUUACAAGUCAGCUUUGGAAUUUUAAACAGAAGCUUGAAACUUUGUAUAACUUUGGUUGAUUGUUUUUAAUAUUAGUAGAGGUUUGGAAAAUUAAUAUUUUGGCUUUUACAUACAUGUCCAUGUUAGACAAUCAUGUCUUGUAUAGAGGAGAUAAACAGGAUGGGAAAUAUCUCGGGACUUGCUACGUGUUCAAAGGUUGAUCGUCAUAUAAAAUAAGGAAUAAUUUAUUGAAUGUACGCAGCUUGUGUCUUUGUUAAAAGAUUGCAAAUGUGUCCAUUCACAAAAAUGUAGAUAAGAACUCAUGUUUCUGUUCUUGUGUAAAGCAGCACAAAGUAUCUCACAAAACAGGAUGCAAUGUUUGAUUGUGGUUGCAUUAUACUAAGUGAAAAGUUUUAUUUAAUUUAAGGUACAUGUAAAGCGGCUACAUGCGGAUGGAUUUAAUGGUUAGUUAUAUUCAGUCAUUCCAUUUAAGUUCAUCAAGUUUUUGUCCAAGCUCUCUAAAAGAGGCCUUAAGAAGAAAAAAAAAUCUGUGCUUAUGUAUGUUUGUAUAGUGUCUGAGUUCAUACUGUUGUAUUUGGGUGUAAAAUGUAGGAUAAUUGUUACACAAACGUGUAUUGGCUGUUGUUGCCAAACAUGAAAGAUGUGGACUGUGUACAGUGUAAAUGAGAAGGAAAAAACAACAUUGUAUAGUUUCAUUCCUAUAAUAUCUAAGACUAAUAGAUUACCCUUUUUAUUGACUAAAAGUUGCCUUAGUCUGCAGCACCCCAUAUUUAAAGAGAUUUGUCUUUUUCCAGGGAACUGCAUUUGUAGACCUGCUUUAUCUUUUUUUUUU